UGCUUUUCAAUGUAAUAAAGAAGGUACAGGAUUGAUUUUCUUCAUUUUAGAUAAAUUGUUACUUAUUAUAUUAUGCCUUCUGCCAAAAAGAAUUAUGCUGGUCGUAAAAGAAAACUGAAAGAAGAAGGUAAAGAUGUUCAGAAAAAAACUGCAAAAAAAGAUGAUGUUGUCAUUUCUCCAACAAAAUCUGGACGCAUUUUGACUAUUGGUCAGGGCGACGUGGGCCAGUUAGGACUGUCUGAAGAUGUUAUGGAACGUAAAAGGCCUGCACCUAUAAAAGAAGUUGAUGGUGUAAAUUUUGUACAAGUGACUUGUGGCGGAAUGCAUUCUGUGGCUGUCACCAGGAACGGUGAAGUAUACACAUGGGGUUGUAAUGAUGAUGGAGCCCUGGGUAGACUGACUACUGGUGAUGAUGGUGAGGAAUAUUUACCAAGAAAAGUUUCAUUACCAGAAAAUGUUGAAGUUGUGUUGGCAUCCGCAGGUGACAGUCAUACAGCAGUUCUUAGCAAUAAGGGCGAAGUAUAUGCUUGGGGAGCAUACAGGGAUGCGAGUGGUCAGAUAGGUUUGACUGCUGCUUCGUUGGGUAAGAAAAACGAAAUGCGAAAGAUCUAUCCCAAAGAUGAUGUCGACAAUGUUGAUCCAGCUGUGAAAAUAGUUUCAGGGAACGAUCACACAGUUAUCCUAACGAGCAGUGGAAACAUAUACACCAACGGUGCUGGGGAGCAAGGGCAAUUAGGGCGAAUAAAAGAGUGUUUUGGUCAUCGUGGAGGACGGCGUGGUCUUGAGUUUAUACUCGAACCAAAAAUAGUUCGAUUCCGGAAAAAAGUUAAGUUUUCAGACAUAUUUGCUGGUAGUUUUUCAACUUUUGCCACCUGUCGUGACACGCGGGAUGUGUACGCAUGGGGGUUAAAUAAUUAUGGACAGUUAGGUUCCGGUACUACUGAUAACUAUUUUAAUCCUGAGAUCAUCAAACCGUUAAGUGAAAUUAGAGCAGAAGCCAGUUCAUACCUAGCUAUUCAUGGUGGGCAGCAUCAUUCUAUCUUGGUCGAUGGCAAGGGGACAGUUUAUACCUUUGGUCGUGCAGAAUACGGCAGACUUGGUUUAGGAGAGGACGCAAAAGAAACGCCCGUACCUAAGAAAGUCGUUUCAUUAGCUAAUGAAAAUGUUGUUUCUGUCGCAUGCGGCGAGGCAGUAAGUUUUGCUAUCACAGAAAAAGGACACGUUUAUUCUUGGGGACUAGGCACUAGUUUACAAUUAGGCGUUGGUGAAGAGGAAGACAUAUUUGUCCCAACUCAGAUAAAAUCAAAAAACGUGAACCCGGAUGAACACGAGGUUUUGUGUGUAGCUGCUGGAGGUCAACAUACCACACUACUUGUCCGAGAUCGAACAACGAUAAGCGAUGGCCACGAAUCAUAACGUUUAAAUUUUAUUGUCCUUUAAGUGACGUGUCUUGAGCUAAUUUUCCUACGAUGUAAAGAUCGAGUAACGUAAAAACACCCUGCUAAAUUUUCCAUAACCUGAAUAUUGGGAGUGUUUUUUUAACCUAGCCAGUGUAUUUAAUGUUGUACAAAUUUUGUGGAAUUUACAUUCAUCCUUCUUUUA